AUGAAUACGUUUAAGCUUUCUAAUAUUUUAUUUAACAUUGUGAUUUUACAUUUAAUUUAUGUAUCAGACUCGACAGAAGUUUUAACUUGUGACGAGUAUUACGCUAAGUACAAAACUUAUGGAGAAGAUUGCAAUAUAGAUAGUGGGAAAUGUAUUGGCGGUACAAUUUACAAUCCAGGUACUAAUUUGCCGUUUUUUGUACAAAAUAAUUUUACAUUGGACUCUACAUGGAAAUCUGUCGGAAAUAUUAUAUAUUGUAAAAAUGGUACUUGUCAUGCAGAAUUUACUAUAAAGAUUGAAAAAAGUACACAGAUUGGAUAUGGCAAUAAAAAAUCUUCAACGCGAUCGUCCACAUUGGGAUAUAGUGAAACUGUUGCAAAGACUAUAGCUGACAGGGUGAAAGCUGGUUUUUCGGACAUGGGCAUACAAUUUGACGGGUCGAUUAAAACUUCUGUACAAAGUGAUGGUGAACUAUCAUUUGAAGUUACUAAUAAGAAUGGUUUUACUGUAUUGUAUUCAACUAGUACAGAAAAUACUCUCAGUGCGGAAGAAAAAUUCACAUGUGAUGGAGUUCAAAAUGAAAAAGUAUUUAUGGAGGCGCGAACAAACAUCACACGAUUGAGGGGCAACGUUUGCGAAGUUUUAUGUAAUAAUUUUGGUCCGACGAAUGAAAACCUUUUCAAGUGUAAUUACGUUGAUUUAAAAAUGUAUCCAGUACAUAAUGAAAAUAUAGUCAUCGAAUUGCAAUGUAUCCGUGAAAAAAUAGAUUUAUAA